AACCAACUAAUUACAUUUCCUCCUCAUUCUCUACGCCGCCGUGACCCCGCCGAAUUGCGACCCGCUUUUACUCACACACUCAACUUCACACAUUUUAACUUCAUCCCACAAAUCAAAUGGAAAUUACACAAGAAGAACCCUCUCCUUCCAACUCUCACACUCCAAACUCCACCAACACCAACACCGACGCACAAAACAACAACAACCCCAUCGACGACGAAGAAGAUGAAGACGAAGAAGAAUACGAAAACGACGACGAAGACGAACCGAAUCACCAAAUCCCUCAAUCCGUAGAAUCCAAAUUACGCGAGCAACGUUUCCGAGUGGAAGCCUUUUCCCGUCGAUUAACAACGGAACUAGUCCCAAUCCGAGUCCACGACGUGAUAAUCAACGGAAACACGAAGACUAAGGAUUGGAUAAUCGAAGCCGAACUUAAUGGAAUCGAGAAAGCCACUACAAUGCAGGAGCUCAUGCAAGCUUCGCAAAUCGCUAUCUCAAGGCUUCAAGGGCUUGAAAUCUUUGAUUCUUGCAAUGUUAAGCUCGAAGCUGGACCUCGAGAAUUGCCAGGCACGGCGAAUGUUAUCGUCGAUGUUGUUGAGACUGAUAGCAAACUUUCUGGUGGAUUUGGAGUUUAUAUGAAACCCUCGGUUAAUACAUGGACUUCCGAAGGAACUGUUAAGUAUAAGAAUAUUUUUGGUUAUGGUGAUAUAUGGGAUGCUUCUUUAGCCUAUGGUGGCAGCCAAGCGACAGAGGUGAGCUUAGGGGUGUAUGCCCCUCGCCUCAAAGGGUUUUUAACUCCUCUUGUGGCACGGAUGUUCAUGCUUUCUCAAGAUUGGCAGGAGUUUUCAUCGUACAAAGAGCAGUUGUUAGGCAUGUCUCUUGACUUGAUUUCAACAAAGCACCAGGACUUAGUGUACACUCUUGGAUGGCGUACCUUAACGGAUCCGUCACAAAUGGCAUCAAAAUCUGUAAGGAGACAGCUGGGCCAUGGGUUACUAUCGGCUUUGAAGUAUACAUUAAAAUUUGAUAGGAGAGAUUCGCCUAUUAGGCCUACAAAAGGAUAUGCUUUCGUUUCCACCACUCACUUGGGUGGUCUUACACCGGAUCACCGGAGCUCGCGGUUUCUGCGCCAGGAGUUUGAUGCUCGCCUUGCUGUCCCUUUUGGAUUUUAUAAUACAGCACUGAACCUUGGCAUAUCUGCUGGGGCUGUGUUUCCAUGGGGGCAAGGGUUCAGGACCAAGCCAUCUCCCCUUCCCGAAAGGUUUUAUUUGGGUGGUGAUUUUUCUCCAGUUUGCACCCUAGGAGGACCAGCAACAUUAUGGGGAUUUAAAACUAGAGGAGUAGGCCCUACUGAACUGCGGAGGCAAAGAAGAGAUGAAUCAAAUGAUGACAGUGGUGAUUCGUCUACGCGUGACUUCAUUGGAGGAGAUCUUGCUGUUACUGCCUUUGCAGACCUCUCUUUUGACCUUCCUAUUAGGUGGUUGAGAGAGCAAGGAAUACAUGGUCACGUUUUUGCUGGUACUGGGAAUACUGCUAAACUAACUCAGGGCGAAUACAUGCAUUUUUCUCCACGGAAGUUCUUAGAUUCCUUUCGACUGUCUGUCGGAUGUGGAAUUGUUAUUCCUACUAGACUCUUCCGCUUGGAGGUUAACCACUUCCACAUUCUUAGGAAGGAUGAGCAUGAUCGUGGGAAGACUGGAUUUAAGUUCAGCUUCUCAGCUCCUAUGUAGCAGCUGAGUUCUCUCUCUUUUUCCUUUUGGUUAUGUAACUCUUCAAACAUUAAAUUUUGUUUGUUCGCCAACGCAUAGACAUUACUAUUUUUUUCAUUUUCUUACCAUUUUAACUUACAUUUUGACAAUCAAGAGAGGUCAUUGUUUUAUAUGAUGCAUCGAAUCUGGUUUUGAAGUGAUACCGCCCCUUUAGGAAUCUUAAUAAUGUAUCAGCAGAUGCUGAUUGCACGGCAAAGGUGGAUGAAAUUUGAAAAUAAUGCAUUAAUGUACUGCAUUCUGCAAUUUUAGAACA